GGCGGGGGGGGAGAGAAGGCCUGAAUGCUGCGCGUGCGCACUGAGGCGCUAGAGGGUGGAGGUAACACUUGCUCUUCAAGGUCUUAGGCAACCGGAGCGCGCGACCCUUCUCCGGAGCGCGACGCGAAACCCUCCGGGCUUGUAGACUUGACGGUCCACGUCCUUGUACUUUCACAAACGUCUCUUCCAAAAUUCAUUCUCGCAGAGCCCAGACUCUUGCUUUGCGUCCACGAUGAGCAACAUGACCCAGAAUCUACGGGAAAUAAUGAAGGUUAUGUUCAAAGUUCCCGGUUUUGAUAGAGUUUUGGAAAAGGUGACGCUUGUCUCUGCUGCUCCUGAAAAGCUAAUCUGUGAAAUGAAAGUGGAGGAGCAGCACACUAAUAAGUUUGGUACUCUCCACGGCGGCUUGACGGCAACCCUUGUGGACAGCAUAUCCACCAUGGCUCUAAUGUGCACAGAAAGAGGGGCACCCGGAGUCAGUAUUGACAUGAACAUAACGUACAUGUCACCUGCUAAGAUCGGAGAAGAAAUAGUGAUCACAGCACAUAUUCUGAAGCAAGGAAGAACGCUGGCAUUUGCUUCAGUGGACCUGACCAACAAGGCCACAGGAAAAUUAAUAGCACAAGGCAGACACACAAAGCAUCUGGGAAACUGAGAACAUCGGGAUGACCUGAAGACGCCCAACAAUGCCGAGUAUAGUUUGUGAACAACUUUCUGAAAUAAAUGAUCAAAACCAGAAGUA